AUGGCGGAGGAAGCUAAGGCGCCCGCCGACGCAACGUCGACGGUGGCGGAGGCGGCGCCGGUGACGGCCGAGCGGCCGGUCCGGGCGGACCUGGAGACACACCUCCCAAAGCCCUACUUAGCUCGAGCUCUGGUCGUGCCGGAUGUGUACCAUCCUGAAGGAGAGAGCGGGGAGGGGCACGAGCACGGGCAGAAGAGCGUGCUUCAGCAGCAUGUCGCCUUCUUCGACCUGGACGGCGACGGCAUCGUCUAUCCCUGGGAAACUUACGGAGGAAUGAGGGCAUUGGGCUUCAACGUGAUCGUGUCGUUCGUAUUCGCAAUUGUCUUUAAUAUUGGUUUCAGCUUCCCAACUCUACCUAGCUGGAUACCAUCUCCCUUGUUGCCCGUAUACAUCAAGAACAUCCACAGGGGUAAGCAUGGUAGCGAUUCCUCAACUUAUGACACAGAGGGAAGGUUCAUGCCGGUAAAUUUCGAGAGCAUCUUCAGCAAGUAUGCCCGCACGGCGCCGGACAAGCUUAGCUUCGGCGACAUCUGUAGGAUGACCGAAGGCAACCGGCUGAACUUCGACUUCAUUGGAUGGAUUGUGAGCAAGGGGGAGUGGAUACUGCUGUACGUGCUUGCAAAGGACGAGGAGGGCUUCCUCUCCAGAGAAGCUGUUCGCCGCUGCUUUGAUGGUAGCCUGUUCGAGUUCAUCGCCCAGCAAAGGAGGGAAGCCCACGACAAGCAGCACUAG